AUGAAUCUGACUGCAACUUAUGUUCAGUUAUCUCAACUCAAAGUCGAGGCAUUAAUGCCACCUUUAGUAGCAAUGCUGUUGUGCGUUGGCUUUACUGCGUCCAAUCACCCUCAAGGCGUUCCUAUUGUCAUGAACCACUAUCUGGACCAAAUUGAUUCGGUGGAGGACCAAAUCAAGUGGAUAGAAUACAUUCGAAAUGCCAUGUUCAAGAGCAUUGUGCUCUGUGGUUGCCCAAGGGUGAUAAAUGCUGAAAUUGCGCUGUACAAUCACUUGUCCGUUCAAUAUCGAUCAUUACUUAGAACAACUGCUCUCAAUGCCAAUGGAAACACAACCUUAUGGAAUGCACGAGGCAUGGGUUUUUUCAACCAAAUCUAUGGGACAGGAUCAGAGAAAAAACAAAAGAUGAUACAAGACGCUCAUCCGGAUUUGUGGCAGUACAUAAACGAGAUCUACGGAAACAUCAUCUCUGAUACGACACAUCUGAGUGCUGUCGAUACAGAGUUGCAAGCGAUUGUGAGUUUAAUUCAGAUGGACGCCUUGCCUCAACUGCAGGAUCAUAUUUUGGGUGCUGAAAGAGUUGGUGCUACCAAGGAACAAAUAAAAGCAGCUGAAUUCAUUGGUUACAAAGUAAAGCACUUUUUAGAAUAA